ACCUAGUGGUCGUAGGAACAAGAACACUAUCCAUGGGUUGAUGAUACUUGUUUAUCCCAUUUGAAAAUAAUCAUUAGUCACAGUUUUGUAACAUUAAAUCACGCACCUUGCUAUAGCUAUCCUAGCUAGCUACAUUAUCUCCUGGGAUUAGCUAAUUAUCUUGACGCUAGCUAGCUAACGUUAGCAUAGUGCAAUUUAGCUUUAUCUAGAUUCUAGAAUAAAGCGUUAUUCGCAUAUGGAACACUAACUAGUGAUUAUAGUAGCUACGUAACUUAACAUGGCUAAACAAUACAUGAAGUACAUUUUCAGAAGCUAUUUGCUUUUGGUUACCCUGUAGCUAGGUAGCUAACUGCUAGAGAACACAGCAACGUAAAUUACACAGUGAAUCUUUUGGUCGUCCAACAUUGUGAGCUACGGGUCAUGCUCACUAGCAUACAUGGCGGUGUUCGGUAGUUCGUCUGAUUAUUAUUGAGUGAGACGAUUUUCAAGAAAAGUCAAUAAACCGAGGGAAAUGAAUGUGAAAACGAUCGUCUGUCAGUUAUGGAGAUCAUCCCUUCACCAAAGCCAACCUUGUCUCCGACCGAUCAGGAACUUGUGUGCCAGCCGUAGAACAUACAGCGCGCACGAGCCAAACAACGGUCGGAACCAUAGGACAGGCAAGAGGUCCAGUUCUGCACCAGUUGCUAGCUCCAAGCAUGACUGGAUUGGCCCCCCAGACAGGCUGUCAAAUCUCCGGCCAAUCAUAUACCAUAUUCCUGAAAACGAGAGUACGUUGGAGAGACGUCUGAGGCACCUCAGACAGGAGACAGAGGAUUGGAACCAUCAAUUCUGGUCAAAUCAGAAUAUCACUUUCAGCAAGGAAAAAGAUGAGUUUAUUCAUACGUGUCUGAAGUCAAAAGGCCUAAGUCGUAGAGAUGAGAAUGGGAGGAAGAGAACACUGAGCACUGAAGAUAUGGCAAUUUUUUACAAAGAUUUCUUGGAUAAGAACUGCACCAAACACUCCAAUUAUAACAAGGAGUGGUAUAAACGCAACUUCACCAUCACCCUACUCAUGGGGAGAGUGGUCCUGAUCAGGACCUGGCAGAGGCUGAAGAGAAGAUUGAGUGGCACCUCUCUGACGUAGUUCUCACUAAAGCGGGUGCCUGCACACUGUGUCUGCUUGGAUUGUGUCCGACGAGGAGUCCGAUGAUUUGCAGAGGACAGGAUCAGCAUUUUGACUACAAAAGCACAAAAUGUUGUAAUGGCUUAAAUGUCUCUUCAAGCAUUGUAUGAAUUGUUCAUUACUUGGGUAACGUUCUGUGAACACAAACGUACUGGUGUCUCAGCACAAACUGUUGAUGUGGCCAUGACACAUUCUGCUUUUCAGACUGCUGAGAAAUUUUGGCAGGUUUUCAUGGUGCACAAACGUUGAAUCCAAUAGCAACUCUUCACAAAACCAUAUUUUUUUCAUUUAAGACAAAAUGUUUUGAAAUCUAUCAUUUGAUGCUGAAUGAUGAAACAGUUAUUGCUGUUUUUUUGUAAUUCCAUCAAACUUGGAAGAGGUCUAGACUAAUUGGUAAUUUAAUUGAUCAAAUAAAUCUUUCCUUUCUUUUAGUACACAGCACAGUCCUGACGACAAUGGUCUAUGUUGUUUAAACCAUGUAUCAAAAGUGCAUUACCUUUUGUUUUCAGGUUUAUUAGUGGUAGGGAACUGGUAAAUAAGCAAUCUAGUGUUAUGGAUAAACAACGGUGAUUUAGCACUACAGUGAAAUUUACUUAACCUUACCUGCUAUUACAGUUUCGUAAUAUUCUCCCUAACUUAUUACUAACACCAAGCAUUAGUGGGAAAAUAUGACAAGUCAUUUGUACGUUUGAAAGGACAAAAUGUAAAUACCCUGAAUGUCUAUUCGUAUGUUCUAUGUACAUACAUGUAUUUGUGAUUAAUCAUUUGAUGAAGAAACAAGCGUUGAAUUGAAAAAAUAAAUUACGCUGAACUAAA